AUGCUGAUCGAAUUAUUGUUCGCGGCGGUGGUUACGUGUUUCGGGUGGUACGUGUGGAGGAGACGGAGGAUUUUGAGACUCUCAAAUAAAUUGAAGAACAAGUUUCGCGCGUAUCCACUAGUUGGCCACGGCUACAUGUUCAGCGGCUCUGAUGAAGAUCGAAUGACCGCAUUCAAAACUUUUGGUUUGGAAGCGAUCAAGAACAAUGGAGUUACCAGUUUGUGGUUUGGAAACGACUACUAUACUUUAAUCGCCGAUGCAGCUAUAGCGGAGACUGUUGUGAAGACCUGUUUAGAAAAGAGCCAUUUGACGGAAGUUCUAAAACACCUACUUGAAAAUGGAAGCAUAUUUGCACCGGUGAAGAUUUGGCGGCCCCGUCGCAAGGUCGUUGCACCCACCUUCUCGCAACGGAACCUACAAGCUUUCGUGGAGGUGUUUUCACAGCAGAGCAGCGUAUUGGCAGACCAACUAGGUCUUAUGGCAGGGAAAGGACCGUUCUCGAUUUGGAAGUAUUUCACCACAUUCACGAUGGACUCAGUUUGCGAAACGGCCCUCGGUGUGAAAGUGAACGCGCAGACGCAACCAGACACACCAUUCUUGAAUGCGUUCGACGAAUACUGCGAACUGAUUGCCGCCCGCAUGUGCCAGCCGUGGCUGCGAAUAGAGGCCCUGUACAAGUUACUACCGGACUCCGUCAAGUUAGAGAAGAACAAAAAGUACAUAUGCGAUUACGUGGAUAAGGUGGUCAGAGCGAAAAGAAACGAACAGAGACAAAUGGCAUCAUCUGACGAAGUCAACUGUGCUGUAAGUAGUUUCAAGCCUUUCUUGGACCUGAUAAUUGAAUCGUCUGGCGGCAAGCACGGUUUUACCGAUAACGAGCUCCGCGAAGAAACCCUCGUUAUAGUGCUGGCCGGCACCGACACUUCGGCUGUUGGUGCCGCGUUCACCUCCGUAGUGCUGUCCAGAUAUAUGGACGUUCAGGAAAAGGUUUUUGAGGAGUUAUGCGAAGCUUUCGGAGACUCAGAUAAACCCGUUGUCCCAGGAGAUCUACCCAAACUAAAAUACUUGGAGGCUGUGAUACGGGAGUCCAUGAGGCUGUAUACGCCGGUACCGAUCAUAGCAAGAAAAUUAGACAAAGAUGUUACCCUGCCCUCGGGACUAACGCUGGUGAAAGAUUCUGGUGUCGUAAUCAACAUCUGGGCAUUGCAUCGUAACCCCCUCUACUGGGGGAAGGACGCAGAAGAGUUUAAGCCUGAACGGUUCUUGGAGGGUCCACUUCAGCACCCUGCGGCGUUUAUGCCCUUCAGCUACGGCUCUAGGAAUUGCCUAGGAUAUCAAUAUGCCAUGAUGGUGAUGAAGACUGCUCUGGCAACUGUACUGCGGAGGUACCGUCUGCUGCCGCCAACGGCAAUGAGCUCCGAGGAGUUGCGAAAGCCACUGAGGGUCAAGUACGACAUCAUGAUGAGAAAUGUGGACAACUAUAUGGUGCGUUUAGAGCCUAGGAUUAACAGCAGACUAGUUAAGGUUCGAAGCGAAGAAAAAGUACAAUCUGGA